CAACACACCCACACCCAGAGGCAGGGAGCAAGGACACCCACACACACUUCUCGAGGCACGCAGCUGCACCCAGAGUCAGGCACCCCACGCCCAGUGCCUGAGACAAAGAGUGACAGAGCGGGGCACGGACACGGCGUGAGAUGGGCUGAGAUGCACACGGGAGAAAGAGGGGCCGAGAGGAGACAGGCCCCCGCCCACACUGACUGACAGCGGGACGCACACACACACACACAGACCGAAAGACACAGACACACUGAGACUGUGACAGACACGCCUCAGGGACUGGCAGCCACCCGCCGAAAGAGGCUGAUACACACACCUGGCGCCUGAGCGAGUCACACACACACACGGCGAUCUCGCACACAGAGUGAUUACACACACAGACACACACACGGCGAUCUCGCACACAGAGUGAUUACACACACAGACACACACACGGCGAUCUCGCACACAGAGUGAUUACACACACAGACACACACACACGGCGAUCUCGCACACAGAGUGAUUACACACACAGACACACACACGGCGAUCUCGCACACAGAGACAGGGCGAUCACACACACGGCAAUCACAGGGUGAUCGCUCGCUUUCUCUCUCUCUCUCUCUCUCUCUCUCUCUCUCUCUCACACACACACACACACACACACACACACACACACACCGUGAUCGUACACACCCCUCCAGUGACAGGGAGGACGCCAGGCUCCGCUGCGCGCGGAAUCUGAGCUCAGCAGCAGCAAACCCGCCCUGGGUCUGGUCCUUUUCUCUCUCUCUCUUUUCAUCUGGUCAAACGGCACCUACCCAAGCCCUGAAAAAAUGCCUGCCCGUGAAGCUAGGAGAGGGCGCCGGGUCUGUAAAUAAGAAUGGCGGCACCUGACUUGCUGGAUCCCAAAUCUGCUACUCAGAACUCCAAACCACGACUAUCAUUUUCUACAAAACCCACAGUGCUCUCGUCACGGGAGGAAUGUGAUUCGGCUAUUAAUGUUAUGAAAUGGAAGACGGUCUCAACAAUUUUUCUGGUGGUUGUUGUAUAUUUAAUAAUUGGAGCUACUGUCUUCAAAGCCCUGGAGCAGCCACAUGAAACUUCCCAAAGAGCCACCAUUGUGAUUCAGAAGCAGACGUUUGUAUCUGAGCAUUCCUGUGUGAAUGCAUCGGAGCUCGAUGAACUAAUUCAGCACGUAGUGUCAGCAAUAAAUGCAGGAAUCAUACCUUUAAGAAACACAUCUCAAAUCAGUCACUGGGACUUGGGAAGUUCCUUCUUCUUUGCUGGCACUGUUAUUACCACCAUAGGCUUUGGGAACAUCUCGCCACGUACAGAAGGUGGAAAGAUAUUCUGUAUCAUCUAUGCCUUAUUGGGAAUUCCUCUGUUUGGUUUUCUGUUGGCUGGAGUUGGAGAUCAACUAGGGACCAUAUUUGGAAAAGGAAUUGCCAAAGUAGAAGAUACAUUUGUUAAAUGGAAUGUGAGUCAAACAAAGAUUCGCAUCACAUCAACAAUAAUAUUCAUAUUGUUUGGCUGUGUGCUGUUUGUUGCUCUUCCUGCUGUAAUAUUCAAGCAUAUAGAAGGCUGGAGCACAUUAGAUGCAAUAUAUUUUGUAGUUAUCACUUUAACUACCAUUGGAUUUGGUGACUAUGUUGCAGGGGGAUCAGACAUUGAAUACCUUGAUUUCUACAAGCCAGUGGUGUGGUUUUGGAUCCUUGUAGGACUUGCUUAUUUUGCUGCUGUCCUGAGCAUGAUUGGAGACUGGCUAAGAGUCAUAUCGAAAAAGACAAAGGAAGAGGUGGGAGAGUUCAGAGCUCAUGCUGCCGAAUGGACAGCCAAUGUCACGGCAGAGUUCAAAGAAACCCGCAGGCGUUUAAGUGUGGAGAUUUAUGACAAGUUUCAACGGGCUACCUCCAUCAAAAGGAAGCUCUCUGCAGAGCUCGCUGUCAACCACAGUCAAGAUCUGACCCCUUGCAAGAGAACCCUGUCAGUCAACCACCUCUCCAGCGAGAAGGACAUCUUGCCUGCUCUAACAAAGACAGACAGCAUUUAUAUGAAUGGUUUGACUCCUCACUGUGCAGCAGAAGAUAUUGCUGUGAUUGAAAACAUUAAGUAGUGCUGACUUUUUGGAUGCCGAUCCUUGGAGAAGCUUUUGGCUUAAACUAGCCAUAUACUUCCUUUUUUUUCCUAUCCAUGAUUGAUGCUAGUAGCAUUUUAUACAUGUGCAUGAGUUCAACAGAAACCACCACGAUAAGGAUUCAGUGUCACCAUCAUAUCUCUUCAGACACAAGAUGAAUGGAAUUUCUGUUGUUGAUAGAUGCUGGAGCAAGCAACGUCCAAUGCCUUUUUGUGCUCAGACUGUUGUUCAUUUCUCCUAAUGUGCCAUAUGGCCUAAAUAAUGAAUUAUAUUUGUUUAUGUUAACAAUGUAGCUUUGAGGGAUCAGUCCUUACAUUUUCAGGGUCUACCUUACUGAGCCUAGGAAUGGACCAUUUAUGGACUACAACACAUUUGUAAAUGGCAAGAAAUUCUUAUGCAGCCUUUUACCUAAGAAAUUUUUGUCAGUGCCUUAUCUUUUGAAGAAACAGAACCUCUAUAACUCUUAUAUGGUUUGUGUUUGUUUGUUUUUUUGCAUGAGUAAUGUAUUUCAUUUGAGCUUUCAUCUUGCCUGAAAUGAUGAUGUUUUAAAGGUGUCUUUAGUGAAGAUACCAGCAUUGAGAAUAGAUGCCAAAAAUCAACAGACAUCAAAUCGACACUCCUAUAUCUAGCUUUAAAGGCAUGGCAGUUACAAGAGUUGCAAAAAUGUCCCCUGAAAAUAUUUAUUUUACUCACAUCAAGGUGAUGCAUGCUCACACUAUAUUAGAACCAGACCUGUAGAAUUUAUGGAUCCAUUUUGGGUUUUAUUUUUCAAGAAUUGCUCAGCAAUGUUAUCCCAUGUGUCAGAUUACCAAAAAUCUCCAGUUAUGUGUAAUUAAAUUAUUUGCUAGAUGACAAGAAGAAGUAAAAGUUAAUACAAUAUGGAAAUGUUUUAAAUUGGUACAUUCUAAUAACCAUACUCAUUAAAACAUUACAGAAAAAUACCACAGCAAUUUCUAAUAAUCAUAAAUCUGCUGCCAGAAAGUUACUCUCUGAAAAGAAUUUUAAACUUUUUAUUUAAGCCAAGUCACACCAGGCUCCUAUUGGAUCCUAUUGGAGUGCUUUCCUGAAUGUCACACUGUACAUUGGUUGCCUACACCGGAACUAUGACUGAUGUGGGAAUGCAAUUGAAACUGGUAUCACUGUGACUUUCUACAUAUAAAAUACAGACUUCUCUGAAUACAAAUACAGACAUGAAGGAAAGCUGAUAAAUAGCACAAUCUGAAUGCCGAUGAUUGUUCAGAUAGGACAGGCUGAUGAUAUGCAGAUCUGAAGCCAAUCCUUGGGGUUUCUGUAUUGGCUUUAAAGAAAAGCAUUGAUUUUAAU